AUGCCAAGAAUAUCGAAAAAGUUAACUAUCGGAGGACGGGUUAGCUGCAAAGCAUCAAUCUUACCAAAAGAGAUAAUACAGCAACAACAUCUACAGCAACGCGGAAGAAAUUGGAAAAACCUAUGCCUUUAUGGAACAAUUAUUAGUGAGCUAACUUCAAGAAAAUGCCGAAAAUAUCAAGUAAGUUUUGAAGAAUUUGAAAACGUGACCGUGGAUAUUCUUGCAGGUAACUUACGAUAUGAGAAACAAGCUAUUUUAAACCAAGAAGAACUAGCAGUUACAGAAUUAUCACCAACUCAUGAGGAGUUUUCUGACGAUAGUGAAAGUAGUUUAGAUGAGGAAGAAGCUGAAAAUAAUGAAGAAGUAAUUGACCUUAGUACUACAAUAAACUGGCAAGAGCAACCAGUAACUAUUGAUCAACGUGCAGUUAAUUUGGCAUAUAACUAUGAAUGCAAAAUCAAUAUUUCAUCAAUUAGUUUAGCUUCACCAUAUGAAUUAUUUCGCCAAUAUCUUCCUCUUGAUUAUAUUGAACAGUCCGUAAUUAAUUCUAUUAAUAUACGUGGAAGAGAUACUUCAAAUUGGGUAUAUUUAAAUAUUAAUGAAUAUAUGAGAUGGCUGGGUUUGUGGGUACUAAUGUUCGUUUUUCCUGUUGCUGAUCGUUAUUUUUACUGGAGAGCAGAUCAAGAACAUACGCAGCCUUUAGCACCAUUUAAUUUUCAAUGCUGGAUGAGCCGUACACGAUUUGAACAAAUAGUAUCUUGUCAUACUUUAAUAGCACUAGAUGAAUUAAAUAACCCGAAUCUUACUGAUCCUUUAUAUCCUGUUCGAAGUUUCAUUAAUGUUUUUAAUAGCAAUUUGAUUGAUGCUGUAUUACCUGGAA